GGGGUAAGUGUUAAUUUAACACGAGCCAAAACUCUGGUUUAUCAGUUUUCUGUUGUUGCUGAAUAAUAUUCUUAAAAAUCUCAAAGCAAAGACCAGACUGACUGAAAGAGCUCAGUCAGGGCUGUGAAUAUGCAGUACUGUCCUCUGCGUUUGAUAUGACGGAUUUAAUACUUCUUUCAAUGGGGAUUUAUGAAUAUUUCUUCUGUUUAUAAAUUCAGACCACAUAGACGGAUCCCUCUCUCUUUGAGCCCUGAAACUUGAGCCGGUACAACCAGAUGCGGUUUACAGAGUAAACAGCAGUCAUGAUUCUCGUGUUACAGCUCCUGAUUUCCUCUCAGGUUGAGUUCAAAAGACAACAGAGAUUUUUUUAAACAAACUCCAACUUUACAGGAUCUUUUACUGCCUCUUCAAAAAUUAGAGACAAAUUAAUGAAACGUUAUAAAUGUUUUGAAUCAGCGCCAAACUUCUCGAGGGUUUUUCUUGCAGCCGUGUUGAUGUUGUUGUUGUUGGGUGUAUAACUAUGGAGACAAAACGACUCUGCCACAACAGCCCAGAGCACAUACCAGGAAUCAGGUGGCAGACUAAAGAAAAUUCCUGAUCACUGCAUGAGAAAAGAAUAGAAAUACAGAGAGAAAUGGGGGCAAACAGAGUGAAAAUGGACUUGGAAACACACUGAUACUGUAAUCUGUGAAGGAGGUGAGGGGAGGGAGGUGAGGGGAGUGCCAGAGGAGUGCAGCUGGUUAUGAAACCACCUGUAGAGACAGUGUUUCAAAGAUUAUGUGACCAUAUGAAUAACUAUAAUCAGGGUCCAAAAUUAACUAACUGAGUCUCCGGCAAAGAUGACAGGUAGGAGGGAAAAACAGUCUGGCCAAUCCUCAUUUUUAUAUUUUUAUUAAGGUAUAUUUUAAUGGGGUGUUUAGUUUGGUUUAAAACAAACUUAACAAAAGUGCAGCUGUGAAUUAAAAUUACUUAAAUGAUCAAUUAUUCACCAGUUCAAACCUGAAUACAACUCCUAAAACAUGGCUGUCAUCUACAGAGAGGACCACAGAAAAGAAGCUAAAAAUGAUAAUCAUUUUUAGUUUGAUGUGGCUGAGGAGCAGUGAUUUAAAAUCCCAUGUUUGUUACAUCCCUGUAAGAACAAACAAUCCUGUCUACAGGUUUUAAUGCUAAAUGUUAACCCCACUUUACAGGCUGCAUUAUUUUGUCUCUUCACAAAAACCCAGAACAACACAUAUAUACCACUGUUGAAAAUACAGAUCCUGCCCGCUGGCUUCAAGGCUAUGUUUGGAGCUUAGUGUGGAAGAACACUGUGCAGCAGGGAGCUGAUGUGCGGUAAAUGGUGGUGUUGCGUGUGCAGUGGCGUUCAAGUUAUAUGUUAGUUGAACCUGUGGACAGCAGAGAAGCAUCUCACCUGCGUUGCUUUCUUGUCCUCGUGCUGUCCAGCUCACAGGCACUGAUUCAGUUGACCUCUAACCAUGUGAAGAUCAGGAGAUGGGUGACUCUGGAGACAAAGAGGGGGACAAAGGACAGUUUGCCACGUCUGACUCUCUCUCUUUGAAGAGUGGCUGGUCUAAGGAUGAAUUCCUGGACUUCAAAAAUCACCCUGGAUCCUCAGGCCAAGAGUAAGAGAUCCAAGUUUUCACUUUCUCACCAUCAGUUGCAGCAGUUUCUGUGUUUAAAACCAUUUUUUUUUUUUUUUGGCAAUCUAGAAAGGAAGGUGGACUUACAAAUGGUAGGUGAGUCAGGUCAGUGUCAGUCGUCAGUGACAUUAGAUCAUGAAGGAUUAGGACAUGAAUCAGAUAAUCCAAAGGGAUGCUAGUAUCUAUGCAUCUCCUUGUCAUCUGUUACAGGUCUGUGCUCACACAUAGAGGCAUGUGGACAUUGUCUUCUUCUAAGGCGUGGAAGCUACAGCGUUAAUCAUUAAGCAGGCUCCUCUGAACAUUGACCACUUUUUCUCCUUUGAAUUCAUUUUCAUAGCUCUCAUUCGCAAAAUCAGUCGAGCACAAUGCAGCAGUUUGAAGAUGAGAGGAUGAGUGAUUUCAGGGGAAAAGAGGGGGACAAAGGACAGGAUAAGGAGCCUGACUCUCUCUCCAUGAAGAGUGGCUGGUCUAAAGAUGAUACUCUGGACUUCAGAAAUAAACCUGGACCACCAGAUGAACGGUGAGAGACAUUUAAACUUCUGAACAAUCAUUUACAUCAGGUUGGGUAUGUGUGCUGCUUUAUUUAUGUGACCUGGAGUGUCCUUUCUUGAUCUGAUGUUGAUGCUGAAAAGAUCUAUGUCCGUCUGCCUUAAUGUGAUUUAAACAUAAAUAAAGAACAAAGUCACACAGCUCAAGUAUCCAGCUCCAUGUCAGAGGCCUUUAGAUGUAAAAAUGUAAAUCAAAUGUACAUGGGAAGCUGUUGUGAGAGCAGUUUUCAUGUGAGGAUCAUGACCGAACUGUGAGACGGUCAGAAGCAGAGCAGGUGAAGAUGUCAUGAAAACUGAUAAAGGACGAAAAAAAAAAAAAAAAGGAAAACUGGUUGAAAAAGGAAAAUAAUUGGGUGAGGCAGCCAGGUUUAAGCACCUACAAACCUACAACAGGCUCAGGAUUUUGAUUUCUCCUUUUACUUUAACCUCCUCUGUCCAGGUCCUCAUCUGUGAUAGAUGACAACUCCAUCGGUGAACCUCCACACUUCAGUGGUGAACAGAGACCUCCAGAGGAAGGGUAAGAAAUUCUCAGUCUUCUAAACAACCUGCAAAAGAUGUUAUAUUAAUAAUUUAUGUAGUGGAUUAAAAAAAAAGUCAGUUUCACUCAUUCAGAGUCAUGAAAAUUGAUUAUAGCUUUAAUGUUUCUGGCAUGCAUGUUAAUACUCUACCUUAUCGCAGAAGCAAAUCUACAAGAACUAAACCACAGCAGAAACCCAGUCAGCCCAGCACUGUCAGAAGUAAGAUUGUCCAUCAUGUCAUUAAAAAACACAACUUUCUAAUUCAUUUCAGUACAGUGAGUAUCAUCCUUAAUAAAGCCUCUCUAAUAGUCCUUUUCUUCAAGCAGAUCGUGGUCUGCAGGAGGUUUUAGAUGAACAUAAGAUCAGUCUGAAGAGGAGAUGUGAACGUGUGAAUGAAGGAAGUGAUGAAGCAGGAAGUCAAACCCUCCUCAACAGGAUCUUCACAGAUCUCUACAUCACAGAGGGACUGAGUGAAGAGGUGAACACACAACAUGAGGUGAGACAGCUGGAGACAGUUUCAAAGAUGAAGACCCUCCAUGACACACCGAUCAAGUGCCAUGAAAUCUUCAGAGUCUUACCAGGUCAACAGGAAGUCAUCAGAGUGGUUCUGACCAAUGGUGUGGCUGGUGUUGGAAAAACCUUCUCAGUGCAGAAGUUCACUCUGGACUGGGCAGAGGGUUUGGAAAACCAAGACAUCAAUCUGGUGAUCCUGCUUUCAUUCAGGGAGCUGAACCUGAUCAGAGAUGAGCGCUUCAGUCUUCUGAGUCUGCUCCAUGUUUUCCAUCCAACACUAGAGAAGGUCACAGCAGAGAGGCUGGCUGUCUGUAAACUUCUGUUCAUCUUUGACGGUCUGGAUGAAAGCAGACUGUCUCUGGAUUUCACAGACUCUGAGGUGGUGUCUGACGUCACACAGAAGUCUUCACUCAACGUUCUGAUAACAAACCUCAUCAAGGGGAACCUGCUCCCCUCAGCUCUCAUCUGGAUAACUUCUCGACCUGCAGCAGCCAAUCAGAUCCCUCCUUCAUGUGUGGACAGGGUAACAGAAGUACGAGGCUUCACUGACGCCCAGAAGGAGGAGUACUUCAGGAAGAGGUUCACAGAUGAAGAUCUGUCCACAAGAAUCAUCUCACACAUCAAGUCCUCCAGGAGCCUCCACAUCAUGUGUCAGAUCCCGGUCUUCUGCUGGAUCACUGCGACAGUUCUGGAGGACAUGAUGAUCAGAGAGCAGAGAGGAGAGCUGCCCAAGACCCUGACUGACAUGUACUCAAACUUCCUGCUGGUCCAGACAAAGAAGAAGAAGCAGAAAUAUGAAGGAGGACAAGAGACAAGUCCUCGGGAGCUGAUGGAGGCUGACGGUGAAGUCCUCCUGAAGCUGGGGAGGCUGGCCUUUGAACAUCUGGAGAAAGGAGACAUCAUGUUCUCCCAAGAAGACCUGGAGCGGUGUGGUCUGGAUGUCACAGAGGCCUUGGUGUUCUCAGGAGUUUGUACAGAGAUCUUCAGAAGAGAGAGUGUGAUCUUCCAGAAAACAGUUUACUGUUUCAUUCAUCUGAGUGUUCAGGAGUUUCUGGCUGCAGUCUACAUGUUCCACUGUUUCACCAACAGGAACAAAGAAGUUCUGGAGGCUUUCCUAAACGACAACGAACACAAAGACUCAUAUGCAAUGUCUUUUCUCAAGACAGUUUCCAGUUAUUUUCUAAACCUGGAUAACUGUUUCUCAUCUCUGGAUGUCUUCCUGAAGAGAGCCAUGAAGAAAUCCCUUCUCAGUAAAAUCGGCCACCUGGACCUGUUUGUUCGCUUCCUUCAUGGACUCUCUCUGGAGUCAAACCAGAGACUCUUAGGAGGUCUGCUGGGUCACACAGACAACAGUCCAGAAAUGAUCCAAAGAGUCAUCAAGAACCUGAAGGAGAUGAACAGUGAAGAUGUCUCUCCUGACAGAAGCAUCAACAUCUUCCACUGUCUGAUGGAGAUGAACGAUCUGUCAGUUCAUCAGGAGAUCAUAGAGUUCUUGAAGUCAAAGAACAGAUCUGAGAGUCUCUCAGAGAUCCACUGCUCUGCUCUGGCCCACAUGCUGCAGAUGUCAGAGGAGGUUCUGGAUGAGUUGGAUCUAAAGAUGUACAACACAUCAGCCCAGGGACGACUGAGACUGAUCCCAGCUGUGAGGAACUGCAGAAAGGCUGAGUAAGUCCAGAUGGUAUUAUUGUGCAAACAUGUGGACAGAGAGACAGGAUCUAAACUUCUUAAGUCAUAAAUGUAAAUCAGGGAUCAUGAGCUGUUUUAAACAUCCAGAAUAGUUCAACGAAGGGAGAAUCAUCAGCUUAAAACAACUUAGGUUAGCUUCUUCAUCCACUAUGGACUCCAAUUAGAGUGGCACAGAAACUGAGAUCUAAUAAUAGUAAUAAUAAUAAUAAUAAUGGUUUCACAUCAGUCAUAUGUGCCAAGACAACAGUGUUAACUUAAAUUAGUCAUGAAUCAUUUUUCUUGGACGUUUGUAGUUUUUUAAUCACCAAAAACUACAGAAUGUUACAAAAUGACGUAUCUGCGCUCCUGGCUUGAAAGGUUGAAACGCGCGCAUGCUGUCCCGGUUUAAAUGGGUUAAGUUAGUCAUGAAAUCAUCUUUCUUGAAUGUUUGUAUUUUUUUAACCGCCGUUUAAACUUGUGUUGUUGUAGUUUCUCUGGCUGUGGACUCUCAGAGACUCACUAUGAAAUAGUGGCCUCAGCUCUGGAGUCAGACCCCUCUCAUCUGAGACAUCUGGACCUGGGUUCCAACGAUCUGCAGGACUCUGAAUUGAAGCUUCUGUGUGCAGGACUGAAGAGUCCAAACUGCAAACUGGAGACGCUGGGGUCAACAUUUUAUUUACCUCUGAUCAUGGAUCAAUAAGAUGUUUUGUUUUUGUGUCUGAUCACGAUUCACACUGUCAUGUUUAUUUGUAUGUCUUCUGCAUCUGAUCAUUUUCAUCUGAAACUUGUUUAAUCUUCUCCAGGCUGUGGUUCUGCAGGUUGUCAGAGAUCAGCUGUUCUUCUCUGGUCUCAGCUCUGAAGUCCAACCCCUCACAUCUGAGAUAUCUGGAUCUGAGUAACAACAAGCUGCAGGAUUCAGGAGUGGAGCUGCUGUGUGGUUUCCUGCAGAGUACAGACUGUAAACUGGAGAUUUUACAGUGAGUUUAGUUAUUUUCUGUUUAUAUUUAUUUUUGUUGAAAUAUAUUUCACAAGGAAAUUAAAGAAACCAAGAGAAAAUGUGCUCUUCAUCAAUCAAUGUUAUUUGAAAGACCGACUGUAGACCACACUCUUUGUUUUUAAUAUUGACUUCAUGAAUACCCAUGAAAGCACAAUCUCUUACUGGAUGUGAGAUGCAAACAUUGACCCUGGUGUGCAGACUCUGGUCCACAGACCACCUGCUGGGGUUCACUGAGCUUGGCGUUGCAAACCUGAACACAUCUGUUUCUCUGUUCAUUCAUUUUAUCGACAUUAUCUCUUCUCAGCUUGAGAAACUGCGCUUUGACAGAGACCAGCUGUGCUUCUCUGGCCUCAGCUCUGAGGUACAACCCCUCCUAUCUGAGAGUCCUGGACCUGAUUUACAACCCGCUGCGAUAUUCAGGGGCUAAGCCGCUGAUCCUAUUAGAGCAGAGUCCAGACUACAGACUUGAACUUGUGAGGUCAGACAGUUUUUUUUGCUACCCUAAUAAUACUGAUACAUCGUGAGAACUGUGUUUUCCUUUUUCCAA